UGUACUUGUCACAGCGGAUGAGUUCUGGAGUCACAGACGGUGACACCUAACCUCUCUCGGGAUAAGCGCGUAUGAAUGCGCCGCGAAGAACCAAACGCUUGGAUUAAAAUCCGCGCCGCCGGGAUGCUGGAGCCGCGUAAUUCCAACCCCGAAUCCCCAAUCGCCAGCUGCGCCGCCCGUGGACACAGUAGAACCGCACAGAUGCACCCCCCCUCCCCUCCCAUCUAUCAGCCCGUUUUCGUGUUGAUGGACUGCAAAGUGACAUUUUCCUUUAAGAUGAUGUAAGACUGUGCUUCACGGGUGGAUUUGUUUCCUCUCCUCCGUGUCACAGCUCGGAACAACGUUAUCUUAAAUCUUCAGCCGGUUUGGCUGCUUCCGCACUCAGCAGUUUGGAGAGACUGGUGCGCAAAGGAGUCCCGCUUCCUGCCUCCUCCUCCUCCUCAUCAUCAUCAUCAUCCUCCCAAUGAGCGCGUUUCAGCAUCCCAGCAGUCAGGAGGAGAGCGACAGGAUGCUCUCACAAUUUCUCUUCCAUUUCAUCCUGGAUUUAAGAAGGUUGAGUUAAGAUCCAGGUUUACUGAAACUUUUUAAAAUUGUAUUUUUGUUGUUGUUGUUGUUGAAAGUUCGCUUUUAUUCACUUCCACGACCAAAUCGCAGUGGCUGCCUGUAACAUGAUACUGGUUAUGAUAAUCGAUGCUGGACUUUUACGCACGCACUUGAAGGAUGCACCGUAGACGUACAGUUGGGAUUGUUCUGUCAUAAAAUAAAAAGCGCUGGAUGCCAGCAGGACUGCGUCUGGAAUCGGGAACUCCGCUUUGGUGUCUGAGCGCCUCAUCUCCAUGCAGCUGCACCCCACACCCUGAACUUCUGGGACGUUUCGUGCGAGAGAGAGAUGGCACUGAUCGAAAACUGCAAAACGCAGCCCGCCAAAGACCAGGGCUCGGUGCAAAACCCUCCGUCGGACGUGGUUGAGCUGAACGUGGGUGGGCAGGUUUAUUAUACCCGUCACGCCACCUUGACGAGCUUCCCGAAUUCCUUACUUGGGAAGCUGUUUUCUAACAAGAAGGGGUCUUCAAAUGACUUGUCACGGGAUUUCAGAGGGCGGUAUUUUAUCGACAGAGAUGGAUUUUUGUUCCGGUACGUGUUGGAUUACCUCAGAGACAAGCAGGUUGUCCUCCCUGACCACUUUCCAGAGAGAGGGAGGCUGAAGAGAGAGGCCGAGUACUUCCAGCUGCCGGAACUGACCAAACUUCUGUCAGGCGACGAGCCGAAGCUGUUUCAGGAUGACAGUGACUGGGAUGAGGAGUCGCAGGGCAGCGAUCACAGGCUGUACCCGUCUUACUCCCUGGACAGGAGGUAUGGUUACAUUACUGUCGCCUUCAGAGGCAGAGAGUACCACGCUGACCCCAAGGCCAAAAAGUUACCCAGGAUCUUCAUCAGCAGCCGGAUUGGACUGGCCAAGGAGGUGUUUGGAGACGCCCUGAAUGAGAACAGGGAUCUGGACAGACCCCCGGACCGAUACACCUGCAGGUUUUACCUCAAGUUCAAGCACCUGGAGAGGGCUUUUGACAUGCUGUCAGAAAGUGGCUUUCACAUUGUGGCCUGCAACACCUCGCUGACUGCGUCCUCCACGGGUCAUUACGCGGACGACAGGGUCUGGUCCAACUAUACACAGUACAUCUUUUACCAACAUCGAGCUGCUUUUUGCUUAACCCCCCCUUACCUAUGCAAACAUCCAAACACCAACUCAUAUGGAUGGAAAACGAUACUCCAAGAUGAGCUAAGUGAGAGAGUUUGCUUCCAGCCCGCCGGUUGCUUUGCAUCAUUCAUGUUGCUCUUCUUGCUAAAUGCAUCAGUAGUUUACCACACAGCUCCACAGAUUCUCCACAUUACCGUGGACAUUUCAUUUUGCAUAAAGCUGUACUGUAAGUGCUCUUUUCUUCCUGGUAUGUUCUCUGUUCAGCCAUUCAGGUCUUCACUUUCAAGGUUUUGGUUCAUUUCUCAAACCCUGUUGAAAGUAUUCUUUUGUUUCAGACAAAGAGAGAUAAAAAAGGGGGCAGAACUUGAACAAAAGGGCACUCUCAUCAAGCCGUCACAGUAGCAUCAUAAUUUAGGAGCCUUUUCAACUGAUGGGCAAGAUGAAUUAUAAUAAUUUAAGCAAGUACUCAGACCAAAUUGGAAUGAACUGAUUAGACGGCUUAGAAAAUAGAAGAAUAUAUAAUUAUAGUAUUAUGGAAGCUCAGCCUAUCAUGAUUGGAAAAUAUGGUAGUUAUUUGUUGUGGAUAAAUUAAACAUUCAGUGCCAUAAAUGUGUAUUUGCCCAUGUUAUAUUUUAUUGCUAAAAACAGAAGUAAAACAUAUCUGCACAGUGGGCAGUUCAUGAGAGUAAUAGC